UACUUUUAUUUCGUCAAAUACAAUAAGCUAUUGACAAUGUCGGAUAAAGAUAGGGAGUCGAAAGAAAAAAGGGCACAACCUAUACCACCACUGAUGAAUUUUUUACUUGGUGGAUUUUCUGGAAUGGCGGGAACUUGCGUGGUUCAUCCAAUGGAUGUGAUCAAGAACAGAAUGCAAAUACAUAAGGGGAAAACAUCGAUUUUGAACAUAAUUAGUACAACAUACAAAGAAGGUAUCACUUCGUUUUACAGCGGUUUGACAGCUGGUCUCGUGAGACAAGCCACAUAUACGACUGUACGACUUGGAAUUUACAAUCAGUUGCAAGAUUCUUGGAGACAAACAUACGUCACUCGUCCCAAUUUCAUUGCUUUGAUGUUUAUGGCUGGGACUGCUGGUGCCGUGGGAUCUUUUGUUGGAACACCAGCCGACGUUGCUCUCGUAAGAAUGACAACAGAUGGUAGAUUGCCAGUAGAACAACGGAGAAAUUACAAAAAUGUGUUCGACGCAUUCACCAGAAUCGCUAGAGAGGAAGGAGUGUUUACUCUUUGGAGAGGAAGCACGGCUACGAUAGGAAGGGCUGUUGUCGUCAACGUUUCGCAGCUAGCAACUUAUAGCCAAGUGAAACAUUUGAUAGCCUCACGAACGAAUGUUAAGGAAGGUAUAAGUUUGCAUUUUGGCGCAUCGAUGAUAUCAGGAUUUAUCACUACUUUCAAUUCCAUGCCCUUUGAUAUUACCAAGACCAGAAUACAAAACAUGAAAAUUAUCGACAAACCUCCAGGUAUGAUCUCAGUUAUGAUGUCGAUAGCAAAGAAUGAGGGAAUGGGGUCUCUCUGGAAAGGUUUUUGGCCAACUUACUGCAGAAUAGGCCCACAUACGGUACUAACUCUUGUUAUUAACGAACAAUUGAUGAACUUAUAUAAAACAUAUUCUCAGUAAUAAUUAAAAAUUGUGCAAAUU